AUGAAUAACAUCUCCUCUCCCAAAUUUCUCACUAUCACAGCUCUGAAUGAGUGGGACUGGACCAGCAGGAUCAUAUUUUUCUCAUUUGCUCUUCCAGUUUACCUUCUGACUAUUGUUCUGAAUGCUGCCUUGAUUAUGAUUAUUGCUUUUGAGAAAGCCCUGCAUGAACCCAUGUACAUUUUCUUGUGUAAUCUCUGUGUUAAUGAUCUGUGUGGAACUACAGGGUUUUAUCCCAGGGCUUUGGUAUAUUUACUCACAGAAACUAACAGGAUUUCAAUUGAGGAAUGUAUUGUACAAUGUCUUGCUGUUGUGAUGUAUACAACUGGGGAAUUCACCAAUUUAAGUGUCAUGGCUAUUGAUAGGUACAUAGCAAUCUGUCAACCUUUACGUUAUUACACCAUUAUGUCACCUUUCACUGUGAGGAGCCUGGUGACUUUUAUUUGGAUAUUUCCAUUUUUCAUAGGGGUAAUGGCAAUUUCACUGGCUCUGAAACACCCUCUGUGCAGACAUGACAUGCAUAGACUUUUCUGUGAGCAUCUUUCCCUGAUGAAUCUUGCAUGCAAACAAGACAUUUUUCAAGGCAUCAUUAAUGGAUUUAUCUAUAUCAGCAAGGCUGUAUUUUUUGUUUUUGUUCUGAUAUCCUAUUUAAAAAUAAUACUAGCUUGUCGAAAAUCUAAAGUUAAUCAAGAGAAGUUCUACAGCACAUGUGUGCCACACCUAAUUUCCUUUAUGAUUACAACAUGUGGUCUUUCCGAUUCUCUUCUCACAAGAUUUAAAGCAGAAACAGUGUCUAAUAUAGCAUCUACAUUUUUGUCUGUUAUCAUCCUGACUGUUCCCCCUGUUGUCAAUCCUGUAAUAUAUGGUAUAAAAUUAGGUCCAAUUAGGGCAAAAAUAUUGUAUAUUUUCAAAAGUCAAAGGAUUCAUAACUUUUAG